GUUGGGCAGCAUGGUGGUGCAGUGGUUAGCAUUGGGUCCAAAUCCCCCACUGCAGGUUUGAACCCAGGGAGGGGGAGCCUUUCCUUGUGGAGUUUGCAUGGUCUUCGCGUGUCAGCGUGGGUUUUCUCUGGGUACUCCGGCUUCCUCCCACAGUCCAAAGACAUGCAGCUCCACGGAGUGCCACAGACAACAGGUUACUACCAUGGAAAAGUGUGUGAUGAAACACUCCUGCUCCAAUGAUGCCGAAAGUCCCCAGAAGAAGAUCAAACUGGAGAGUGAUGACAGUGUGAAGCAGGAGGAGGAGGAUGAUGAAGAAGAGUUCUCUGAUCCUGUUCCUUGGCAGAAAAUAGAGGCAGAGGGACUAGACUGUGAUUAUGCUUUGCUGUUCUCCAAAGAGGAAGCAGACCACCUUUUUAAACAGCUGGAGAAGGAGGUGGUCUACGCAACAGGAGAAGAAGCAAAGGUGCAGGUGUUCGGGAAGGUAUACAAUAUACCAAGAAAGCAGGCCACAUAUGGAAAUGCAGGCCUUGCCUACACCUACUCUGGAGUGAAACGUUUAGCCUGCCCGUGGACUCCAACCUUGGAAUAUAUUCGGGAUGCUGUCACGAAAACAACUGGACAAACAUUUAACUUUGUUCUGAUCAACAGGUACAAAGAUGGUCACGAUCACAUGGGUGAGCAUCGUGAUGAUGAAAAGGAGCUGGACCCCCUCUGUCCCAUCGCCUCCGUCUCCCUGGGAGCUCCACGAGACUUUAUCUUCCGGCACAGAGAUGCUCGGGGAAAACAGGGCCACAGACAGAUCGAACCUGUGAAGCUGGAGCUCGCUCAUGGAAGUCUGCUCCUCAUGAACUCACCGACCAACACUUUCUGGUACCACAGCCUCCCUGUUCGCAAGAAGAUUUCCUGUCCUCGAAUCAACCUCACCUUCAGACGCAUCCUGCUGGACAGAAAGAAAUGACCAAUCAUGAAUUAUCACCCAGGCCGAUGGGGCCAGUUCCCAUGAAGUCUCUGAGGAAAGGGCCCCAGUUUAGGCUGAAUGGAGUACAAGACUCUUGCUGUCAUUGGGUUUAUGGACAAGUAUCAGAAAUCUAAAAUGUGUUUAUGUAGCACGUGAAUCUACGUGACUAUACGACAGAACAAGGUGGAGAUUGAACACAUUUUACACUGUGAACCAGUGGUUAGAAAUGACAGAGGCCCAAACCUCUGACUGACUCAAGUUCAAACUACCACUAAAAAUCAACAACUCUAAACAAUUCAAUCUCCUUGAAUUACAGAUUCUCACCAAGAGCAGACCAUGAAGCCUAAAAAAAAAGCCUAGUCCCAGUUAAACUCCCAGCCCCUUUUACUAGCCUGGUGUGGCUUCAUAUUUAGACAAACAAGGGCUGUCUCAGUUAGAGGUCUGAUCUGGUUGCCAAGCAGUUGAUUUUUAUAGAACUUCUUUGGAUGGGUAAAACCAAUUGUCGGCUAUCCACUUGAGCUAAUGUUAGAUAGCUGUUUAGAUCACACAUACAAAUAUAAAUGUUCUUCAGUUCACUUUACUGUAACCAAGAGCACCAAAGAAUAAUUCACUGAGAUUUACUGGCACGGUAAAAAAGAGCGGUCAUAAAGUCAGAGUAUGUGUCGCUUCCUCAAUUACCGGGUAUGUUAUUUAUAUUCCUUUAGUCUGUAAGGGUCCUCAGAUCGGAAGAAUCAAAAGGGUUUUUCAUAAAAAUUAAUCCAUGAUGUGAGUAUUGUUUUAAUAGGAUUAAGUGGUGUUGUGUCAGUAUGCUGGGUGCCGUAACUCUCGAGUGUUGUAAAAUGAGUAUUAACUCCUGAUACCCCGUCUGUCGGAGCUAGAUCAAAUGAAUGACACAUAAUUGACAUGUUAUUCAAAGCCUAAUUUUUCACAAUAUUCAUACUGUUUCAAAUAAACAAGUUGAUUGUAUUUUCCAAUCUUUGCUGAGCAACAGUUUUGUGUGAAGGGAAUUAAAGUCCUGUCCCAUAUAGACGCCUGUUCCAAAAAUAUAGGCCUGUUGAGUUCAGUGAUUUAAGCAAAUAAUAGCCUGGCCUGCUAAUUGGAGUUUUAUAGUAUACAGUGUAGCAUAAUGCUGAAGUAACUCCUCACAUAGCUAGCAUUACAGCUACAACCACGCAGUGG